AUGGAGCAUAGACUAGUGAAUUUAUGUACUAUGUUGGCGAAACCUAAGGAAACGGUGUCUGACGCUGAACAAAUCUCCAGAUUGCGAGCUUCACAAUCUCCCAUAGCCAUCUCAUUAAGUCGCUGUCCAAAAUGGUCAUCAUUAGAUCCGCUACAGUUCAAGGGCUACUGGGACAACGAGGUUAUGGGUAUUCUUUUGAACAAUGGAUCAACAGCAUACUUUACAUUUGAAUCUGAAGUAAAACCGAUACUGCGCGGCGGACCUCUACUCGGCGAGUAUAUCUUCGAACAGAUGCAUUUCCACUGGUCAGUCGACAACUUCUCCGGGUGUGAACACUUAUUAGAUGGACAAGGGUAUGCUGCAGAAUGCCACUUCGUCCAUUACAACAGUAAAUACGAAUCAAUGGAAGCAGCCGUAGGUCAUUCAGAUGGUCUUGCUGUAGUGGGUUUUCUUUUAGAAGCAGUCGAUGCACCAAACCCAAGAUUUGACAAACUGGUUCAAGGGCUAGAAGUUAUUAAAAAGAGCGAACAUUCUGUAAGAGUAACAUCAGAAUCCCUUGCGUGGAUGGAGAGCGAUGAUCUACAAGAAGGCAAUUACGUCACAUACAAAGGGUCGUUAACCACACCACCGUACACCGAAUGCGUUACUUGGAUUAUAUAUGAGAAGCCUAUUCAAGUAGGGAAUGAGCAGCUCGGAUUGCUGAGAGAACUGCAGGGCCCAGACAGUAUUCCUAUCGAGCGUAACGUAAGGCCGACACAGAGGCACCCCCCUGGUCAUUCCGUGAUAUACGUGAAACAAGUCCACGAGGCUAAAAACCUGAAGUCGAAGCUUUGA